GGCCGAAUCUGUUGCGUAAAAGCGUGAAAGAACGGCCUAAAAAGUGUUAUCAUCAUGUAAACAGAGCAGAAACCAUCCCGCCACCGUCGGAUAUUAACUUGAUCGGAUUGUAUUAGCAUAACAGAUGUGAUAGCAGUUUUAAAAAAUUAGUUUUAGUCGAUCGGAUUGUUUGAAAUUUUUGUACUAACCCUUAGUGUAACGCACCAUCAUCAGCACAAAGUAGAGAAUUUGCUGGAGAGAAUAGUUUCCCUGGUGAUAUCACUAUAGCUACGCGAGAGGAGCAUGAGAAUGAUCGUCGUCUUUUUUGCUGUGAUGGCAAACUACGUGUCUUUGCGAAGUGGUAAUGAAGAAGAGAAAACAAUAUUGGAAGAACAGCGACUAGGUUUGACCGAUAAGCCUCCACCUAGACGACAGCAAAGCAAAGAAAAGACUGUUACUGACGAUGAUAAAAAGAGCAAGUCGGAAGAACCUUCCGAAUCUGCCGAGGAAGAAGAAGUCGAAGAGGAGGAAGAGGUUGAAGAGAUCGAAGAGAUAGAGGAGGAGAUUGAAGUUGAAGAGGAAGUAGAGGAGGAAGUAGACGAAGACGUUGAGGAAGGUAGUGAAGAAAUCGCGGAAACUCAAACGUUGGAUGAAACCGAAGCGAUUGAAACCGAUCAGCAAGUUCCGACUGGACAUGAGAUCGCCACAGAUCAGAGAGCCAAAGAAACAGAGUCAAAUCCCGAACCGCAACAAUUGCCUAAGGAGGAGGAACGGGCACUUAACGAUUCGCAAGAGGAUGCACUGAAAUUCCACUUGGACGGAGCUGAAAAGCCCUCUGUUCCGCCUCCGACAUAUCUAUGGGAGGAAGUUAAAAAAUCCAAGGAACAGGUAAGUGAAGGUGGAUACCCCUGGACUCACCUGUACAAGGAUCCCCUUGGACCAGACGACGAACCAGAAAUCAUCCUACGCUAUAGCAACUCUCCAAUGAAUCGUCGUCGUAAGGUCGAAGAACAACUAAUCGAAGGAAGUCCUCGCGUAGAGAAAAAAGCCAAAAUUGAAAAAGAUAGCGAACCUGGUCAGGCAGAAGAUUCCACUACUGCAGCUGACACGGAACAAUCCCUAUCGGCGGGUCCUAGUAACGGUCAACCAGAAACUCCCCGACGCAGCAGAGCUCGUACGAUUUCGAACGAACCGAUGAGUUUAAGAUCGGAAUUCAAAGCACAUGCCAAACAUUUUCUUGAAGAUCAUCCAAGCAUACGAAGCUUUAGCAAUAGUCUAACCCGGCAGGGAAAGCGAACAAGAGCCUUCGUCAGCCGAUCACUGGAGAGAGCAAAGUCGAUGGCCGAUAAAGGAAUCGACAAGGCGAAGGUUCAAAUGAAUACCCUAAGGCGAAAAAAGGCAGCCUCGGAACCCCCAAGUGGAUUACCAGCGCAUAAGAUCUUAAUGUUGCGUGAAUCGCCCAGGUUUGGAAAUCGCGAGAUUCCAGCAUACGUUGUGCGUCAACCGAGCGAUGAAAUCAUCACUGAUGGUGAAGUAGAAAUGGACGUCGAUAAGGUUGAAGAAAUGCAGUUAGAGACAACGACUGUUGUGCCAGAUGAAAUUAUUGAAUUGCCUCCUCCAACCAGUGAGGAAAGCGUAGCAAUUGUAGAACCCGAACCAACACAACCUGCAGAGGUUUCGAAGGAACCGGAUAAAAUGCUAGUUGAAGAAGAGCGUUAUGAAAUAAUUGAGCCCCCUAAGGAUACUGUGACAGAAGCGGUUAAACCGGUUGAAGUAGUAGAACCUGUGAUAGAACGCGUUUCACAAGAGGAGCCCAAAGCGGUGCCACCCAAAAAAGCACCUCGUAAAAAGAAGGAGCAUCACUACGAAGAUAUUGAGGAUUUACCAGCUCCGAGUGAGGAAGUUAAAGCACCAGUACCGGAAACAAAAUUGAUAAGACAGCACGAAAUUGACGGAAUUGAUCCGAUACUAGGUGAAAUGUUGGGAAAUGAAAAGAUUAAAAUUUCUCUGCAGAUGCAGGACGAACAAAUUGCGAGCGAUAUGCUUAGUCGGAGGAAGCACUUGGAUGAAAUUCUGCAACAUUCGUCGGAAGAUGAAAAGGAUAAGGAAAAGAUACCGGCGAUUGGACUGUUGGCUCCUAUUUCGUCGAUAGAUUCAACCUCAUCCGACGAGGAAGCAAGAAGAUCACAUUUGUCUACACUCGCAGAGGAAAGCGAUACCGGCAGUGUUGAUGUCGUGGUAGCUAGAAAGCAAGAUUCUCUAAAGGAAACAGAAUUACCCACAGUGCAGGAAACAGCAAAGGAUCAAGAAUCUGCAGUGGAGCAAGAAGCUAGCAAACCUGCUACAGGCGAAACUGUCAAAAAGUUCGAGCUAACUCCCGCGGAAGAAAGGAUGUUGGUUGAGGCAGAACAGAGAAACCUGACGACGUCCGUGGAGGAAAAGAUUCUUAACACCGAUAGUCCAGUAGCGGAACCGAUUGUGGAAACCAAAGCGGUCAUCGAUGAACGUUGGUCUAAGAUGAGCGAUCACGAGUAUGAACCAAUUGGUGAGGCCAUCGACACGGCACCGGAGCCAAAGCCAGCGGCAGCAGUUAGUUUGGCCCUACCAGGUGGCGAUAUCAAGCGAAAGUUGUCGAGUGCGUCGUUGCGCGUACCAGACGAUGAUGCCGACACCCUUAGUAUGGAGGAGCUACAGAAGGACAUCGAAGAUCGGUACUUCAACCGUCAAACGGAAGAAGAACACGAAGAGAGAACCGAUAUUGCUGAAUCAGCGGAAAGCCCACCCGAGAAGGGCAGCAAGAUGAAAGCGGUGAUGGCCAGAGCGCAACAAAGUGGCAAAAAGGCUAUGGCCAGGGCGCAGGAAAGCAGCAAAAGCGCUAUGGUCAAGGCACAGGCGGGCGGGAAGAGUUUGCACCAAAAACUUCGCAAGCAAACCGACAAGUUUAAGACUAAAAUGUCCAACAUCAACGUAAAGAAGGACAAGGACGUUGCUCCUUUGGCGUCUCCGGAGAUCGUUACUACUCCAGAAAUUGAGAGAUUGGACUUCACCAUCGCGGAACCGAAAUCGGAACAAGAAACUGGUGAAAUCGAGUCUCCAACCGUAACGAUAGCAGUUGAACAAGCAACGGACUUGGGUGAGGAGAGUGCUGUAGAACCUACCACUGGUAAAAAGAAAUUCAAAGGACUCAAAAUGCCAAAACUUCAAAAACCUGAAUUCAAACGACCAGAAUUCACGAAAAUCUCCAAACCAAAGAUGCCAAAGUUAAAAACUCCAGAUAUGUCCAAAUUCAAACGUCCAGAGAUGCCAAAAUUCCUAACGGAAAAACCAGAUUUCUCCAAGCUAAAGAUGCCAGAAAAGAUUGGCACCAUCAAAUUACACCGCAGCAAAUCCUUGAAAGAACCGGCCUCUGCUCCUGGUGCAACUUCUCCUACGGACAUUGAAACGGAAACUCCCUCGGUCACAAGUGCAGAAGAUAGCAAGAAAAAGGUCGCAUACACUGAUUUUAGCACCUAUCCAAGGUUUUUGGAUAAAUUCAAACGACAAAAGUCCGCCCCAGGUAAUGCAAGCAUCCGUGCAUCGACGCCUCCACCGCUGGAGUUCAGCAAGGCUGGCAAAACAACUCGAACGAAAGGACCGAAAUUCAUCUCACGGUGGGCGGAAAAAUCCUCCGAAGAUACCGAAAGUACUCGCUUCUUUUCGGGCAGUGAGCUGGGCGAACGCGAGUCAUCCGUUGAAAAACGUAUGCGCCAGCGAUUGGAACGCACCGACUUUGAUACGCCAGAACUACCGGUUACUGCUGAGCAGAAACAACUGGAAGAAUACGAUAAAGAAAAUCGUGAGAUCCAUCUCCUAUCUGCUGCACGACACGACGAGUUCCUUAAACGCAAGCCUCCAAUGGAACGACAGGAAUCCGACCUGGCUUCGGAAGAGGAGAAACAAUUUUGGGCCAGUUCCUUGGGGCAGAAGAUUCGUCAAAACAUUGACAUGAAUAGUAAUGAUUUCGAUUUUCUUGAUGAAGAGGAUCGUUUGAGACGCGAAAAUGAAACAAUGGGCCUCAGCGAUCGGGAUCGAGCACGUUUCCUGGGUGAGCCAGCGGAACACUCGGAGAAGGAUUACGAUAUGCGUUCAACGACGCCUUACUCCAACAAAGAAUGUCAAUCUUCGGGAAGUUCAGGCAUUCGAAGACGAAAGGGUGUUCUGGAAGAAAUAGAUGACGAUGAGUUCUUCCUUCGCCAGAAGGGAAUAUCGAAGGAUAACAUACAAAUGGGUGAAUAUAUUAGUUCAGCGAUAAAGGAAGGACUGAGCACUCCGACGAAUGCUUUGGCAGAAAUGGGUCGUUACGAGCCGUACGACGAUGAAGAUUUGGAUGUCAGCGAACGAGCCAGCAUGGAUUAUCGUGGCGAAGGUGGUGCGCGCGGACUUCGAUACUACCAACCGAGCUUCGAAUCCGAUGAUGUUUCCAACAAGCAAAGCUUCACUGACGAAUUCCAUAGGGAUACGGACUUCUUCAAGACAUUCCCUCCCGAUCGUCCUGUAAGAAAAAAUAGAAAGGAAAUUAACGUUGAACCACAGGAGCAAGACAUUCAGAAAGUGCCUUACGACACGUACCAACCGACGGACAGAGACGACGAGGUCGAAUUUUACACCCGCAAUCGUAAGUAUGCCAGCGAACCGCCACAGGGUGGCCCGGAGAAAGACGAACGUUACAUUGACGAAGAAAGCAUUGGCGCGGCUGUGCCGCCGACUCCACCGAGACGUCGAAAGAAGCGCUUCCGUGAUGUCGCCCCAUCUGACCUAGAACCAUUCGCUAAUGGUUUAACCAAAAAGACCAUUUACAAUAGCUUUACCAUUGGACCCGAAACGCUCCUUUAUCCAGCCGAGGUUCCAUUAGCGGAAGAGGAAAGCUUUACCACUCCAUUGCCGACACCGAGAAGGUCUCGCUCGCGAUCGCAGCUGUCGAAAUUUUCCGAAGAUGACCGCGCCUUCAGGACUAACUACGUUUUCGGGUUCGAAGACAGUGCCAUGGACCGGGGCACUCUCGGUAUGUCGGAAUCAAACGGCUAUGCAGUUGUGAGGAAAGAGCCUCCACCACGUCCACCGGCACCGAUUCGACGCCGAAAAUCAACCCGAUCGUUGGAAGGACAACGGCAGUUCAAUACACUGCCCAAUUACCAUUCGGUAUCACCGAUGCGUCCCAUCCGAAACUACAGCACAAUCAGUCCGAACCGGCCACCGAGGAACAGAUCUGUAUCCAGCCUCAACGAGAAUCAGCCAACACUGACUCGCGAUAGUAGGGAAGAUGUUAGACAGUACGAAGAAAUUGAAGACAUGGAAAAUCAAAUUAAACUACAACAGGCUCUGCAAUCGGGAGCUGUCGUAAGCAAGAUGAAAGAUCGGCCACUUCCUCCACCGCCGCGUCCGCCCAGAGAAGGGAGAAAGACACGUAAGCAAGACAUCGAGGAUGAUUUCGACGGCGGUGCUGAACGCAUAGUUGUACUGGAUCAACACGGACCACGAGUCGUAGAAGAGGUGGAAAUCGCCAUUCAAACCGAUCCUGUUUCCGAUGACUACGAGCUAGACAUUGAAGUGUCGGAAACCAUCGGUGCCAUCGGUGGGGAUCCAUUCGAGCGUCCAUCUAAAACUUUACAGGAAAUUUUGAAAGAGGAACAACAAGCGGAAAUAGAUCGUGCUCGCCAGCUAGCUGAAGCUGAUAACUUAAUGAAGAACAUACAGAAAUUUAGAGAUUCCACCUCAUCACUAUCUUUGCAGGGCAGCAGGCCGGAAACACCGGCUGCCGCGGUAUUGAUUGAACGCCGAGUUUCAACCCCUUACUCAAACAACAGUCGUGCAGAACUCGCAUCUGCUGUCAUUAGACCCGUUAGUACUGAUAAUCUAACGGAACAGGAUCUAGCCGAUGAUGAUACAUUCAUCGCGGAACUGGUGAAGAAGUACGUUUCCGAUGAAAAAGUUACUGAAACCCCUAAGAAACAACCGAAAUUCACUACACAGGCCGUUUCCGACGCCGUCGAAGCUAGUAUUUCACGCGAAGAACGCGCUGCAGUUCAAUCCGAACCAGCUGCACCUCCACGUAGACGUUCCUUAGUAGCGUCAAGUCAAGAUCUGACUCGAAGUGUUGAUAUCCCAUCGAAUGUGAUCGAAGAAAUUGUCGAACGCUUAAGAACCAACGAACAGCAGCAUAUUGCUGAACUACACCAACUUCACCAGCAACAACUGGAAGAUCUACGAAAACACCAGGAAGAGCAAAGACAACAGCAGGAGCAAAAGCUAGAAGAACAACAAAAGCAACUACUUCAGCAGCAAAAUCAACAACUACAGGAAACUCAACAGCUCAAAGAACAAAUAUUGCUCCAGCAGGAACAACAGAAGGCUUUGCUUCAACAGCAACAGCAGCAACAACAACAACUGCUGCUUGCCCAACAGCAACAACAGAUACUGCUCGAACAGCAGGAAAAAGAGCGUGAGCUACAACGGGAACGAGAACGCGAACUGCUGCGGGAGCGUGAAAUCGAACUCGAAAAGGCCCGCGACAGGGAACGAGAACUUCACCACGCUAGGGAGCUGGAGCUCCAGCGUGCUAGGGAUUUGGAGCAGCAACGUGCGAAAGAGCUAGAACAGCAGAGGUUACGCGAACUGGAGCUACAACGAGCGAUGGAAAUGGAACAUCAAAGGCUUAGAGAGCUGGAAAUUCAAAGAAUCCAGGAAGCAGAAGCGCAACGGGCAAGGGAAGUGGAACUACAGCGUGCUAGAGAAAUUGAGCUGCAGAAGGCAAGGGAAACCGAAAUGCACCGAAUUCGUGAAGUAGAAGCGCAAAGGAUCAAGGAAUUGGAACUCUUAGCAACCAAAGAAACCGACAGCAAGGAAAGCGAAAAAGCUGACAUUGCAGAACCAGCAGGUGAAGCCGAUGUACCGCAAAUACCAGAUACAGAGAAACCUGUUCAAGAAGCAACCAGCGUGAAAUCCGAAACAAUUAAAGAACCAGCUCCCGUCCGUCCCCCUCUACCACAUUACACUCCCCAGCCCCCGAUGGCCACCCAAUAUCCGUACCAGGAGUAUCUUCAGUUUCCUCUUCCACCGCAAGCCUUCUAUCCCGGUCGAAACUAUUCCGACGAUGAAGGAGCAGCACCGCAGGCACCACAACGACGCCGUAGACAUCACCGAUCCCGACGGGAAUCGACAUCGGAAGAGGAAUUUCAGCGAGAACAGCGCAAGCAACGUCCGGGAACACGUUCUCCCGAACCGUCAAUUCCAGCGCUUAGCAGCCAGCUAAUACGAGCCUGUGGAUCUUCAAUUCGGCAAACCGGUGAGGAUCUCAUGGCACUGCUUCGUGCCAGCAGCAAGGAUGAGAACAAACGAGACCUGCACAUUGCUCUCAUCAUUUUAAUCGUCAUCGUUGCCGGUCUGAUGGCGCUGGGAAUGAGUGGCGAGAAGGCGGUUCAUCAUCACCACUGGGACUACUUCAAUCCACCCGGCAACAGUGGGAAAGCAUAAGAGCAGUAGCAGCAACAGGAAGGCAACCCUCAAACCAGCCGUCGUUUGUUGAAGGAUCAAUUUGUAUACAUCGUUACGUGGACGCCGGCCUCGACGCUUCUAUUUUUAGAAACAAACCAUGAAUUAGCAAAUCAUUGGUCAUAAUCGUAUAAUGAGCUAGAAAAAGUCGUUAACACUCUAACUUUAAAAUUUCUUCUACAAUUUGCAUUUGAGCGUUCAUUAAGCUAUAGAAACAGAAAUUGUUAAGCUAUUUGACGAUUUAAUUAUUUCACUACUUGAUAGUUUUCACAUCUGCGCACAUUGUUACUUAAUUAUCACAAUCUAACAAACAGAAGCUACUACCUACAACUAGUUUUGGAUGCCAAAGAGCAAAAUGAUGAACAGAAAUACAGAAUAUUGCAAACGAAACAUUUUUUUUGUACAGUAGAAAGUAGAAUCGAAAAGCAACAUAAAAUAAAUUUUGAACCGAUCAUACAUACAUGAUUCGAGAAACCGCGAGUUACAGUACUAGUCAAUGGAUUGUACAUAGGGGAUCAGAAGAUCAGAAAUAUCGGACCCUUCAUUGCUAAAUUAUUUGUUUUUGUAGCCAUAAACACACUUUAA